AUUCCAUUAACAAGUGGUACGUGUGUCGGUAGAGAGUCCAACUCAAGCAUAUCAGAUUUCAUUCAUAGCCACGUUAACAACUCUAGUUAUUAUCAAACCUUAUUAAUACAAACACUCAUGAAAAUACAAAUAACUAGCAACUCUAAAAGCAGGACACUUUCACGUUUACUCAAAUUCAACCUCUGUAAACCUUCUCUCUCCAGCAGAAAUCUGAAGGAAGAAAGGGGCCGAGCAAGAAAAUGGGGUUCUUUUCUUUUCUUGGGAGAGUGCUCUUCGCCUCCAUCUUCAUCCUCGCGGCAUGGCAAAUGUUCAAUGAAUUUGGGGAGGAUGGGGGGCCUGCAGCAGAACUGUGGGCUAAAAAAUUGACUACUGUGAAGAAUUCGAUCAAUGGCAUAAUUGGAAACGGCAAUGUGCACAUUGAUGCAAGGACUUUUGUUGCAGUAUGUAUUUCUUUACAGGGCUUAGGCGGUCUUCUGUUUGUCCUCGGGAGUAAUUUCGGUGCUUUUCUUCUGAUACUCUACUUGAUACUGACAACCCCUUUACUGUACGACUUCUACAACUUCAAAGUUAGCGAGCCUAAAUUUUUCGGACUCUUGCAUGAGUUCCUUCAGUGUGUGGCACUCCUUGGCGGACUCCUAUUUUUCAUUGGGAUGAAAAACUCUAUCUCGAGGAAGCAACUAAAGAGAAAGAACCCUAAACCGAAGACUGCUUAAACGUGUUGAAGAAGAAGACCGAGGCUAUUUUGGUAAAUGAAUCACGGGUUUCAGUCGGUUUUAGAAACUGUAGUGGAGGUUGGUUGUGAUUGAUAUGUCCAGUAUUUGAUUUUGUGUUGGACACUGGUCUGCAUUUCCUUAAAGACAGCAGCAAAUAACUUUGUUGUGAUUUAUGAUGUUUACCUUCAUUUGCCUUGUGAAAGAAAUGUGGUAACGUAGAAAGUUUUUCCCACAAUUUUCAGCUUCUUCAUUUUUUUUUGUACAUUAGGGCAAACUGCAAUAAAGGUGUUCACAUUAGCACACAUUGUGAGUUAC